GUCGGGUUUGGCUGUCUCUACAUGUGACGUCGACGCGGUAGAUUGGAACUGAAAUUUGCUGUGGCAUCUUCAGAAAAGCAGACAGUAUAACCUCAGGAAUCACAAGGUGUAGACCGCCAUGCCCAGCCCUCCCUUGCAGCAGUCCAGCUUCUUUCUUGCGAGUCUGAAAGCAGAUUACUUGAACAAGCCUUUUCUUCAGCGCUGUCAAGAUCUAGUCAAGGUUAUCGAUGACUACCCAGCUAUGGAGCUGCACUUGCUUUUCACCUGGCUGGUGGAGAGUGUGUUUGGCAGCCUGGAUGGCAGCAUUGUGGGUUGGAAUCUGCGCUUUGUGCAAGCACGGACUAAUGAGUACAAUACUAUUAUGGAGUUCCUCGAUCCCAAUGGCCCAAUGAUGAAACUGGUGUACAAAUUACAUGCUGAGGAAUACAAGUACGAAUUUCCGAUCGUCUAUCUCCCAGGUCCUGUAAGGGCUUCAAUCCAGACAGGUGUCCUGCCAGAUUGCCCGAUUUUCCACAACAAGCUCCAGUUCUCACCUUCAGGACUCCUGAGCCUCAGCCUCUCUCUCAAUCCCUUUGAAUAUUACAUGUUUUAUUUUGCAGCAAGCCUCAUGGUUCAAAGAAGCUACCUACCGGAGCAGCACUUUAGUGCUAAAGACAGUGCUUAUUUUGUGCUGGUUGACAGUUACCUGAAGUAUUUCUUACCUACGGAGGGGAACGUUCCACCUUCUCUUGUUCCGAUCGUCAGAGGAACGGUGUCACCUCCGCCUCCAAGUUGUAGGUCCCCGACAGUGCCCUUCAUAGGCUGUGGUGUCCACCACACCAGCCUCUUGAAGCGACACAUUUCACACCAGCCCUCUAUGAACACAGACCCCGCUGCCCAGGAGCUCUGGAGGUCUGAAACUAUUCUUCAGGUGUUUAUCGAGAUGUGGCUUCACCAUUACUCCCUGGAGAUGUAUCAGAAGAUGCAGUGUCUGCAGGUCAAGGAGCCCAUCUGCCCUACAGAGGAGCAUGUUCUGGUGGUGAGACUCCUCGUGAAACACCUCCAUUCCUUCUCCAGCAGUCAGAGACCAGAGCUGAUCACCUCGUCCCCCUCUACACACUCUCACUCCAGCCCACUCGAGGAGUUUAAACGGGUUGUGAUCCCUCGCUUUGUGCAGCAGAAGCUGUACGUGUUCCUCCAGCACUGCUUCGGUCACUGGCCCCUUGAUGCUUCCUUCAGAGCAGUUUUAGAAACAUGGUUAAGUUACUUGCAGCCAUGGAGAUAUACCCCUGAAAAGCAGAGCCCCUACAUGGACAAUCAGGACCGCACUGUGCCAGACAAAUGGGCUGCCUUUGUGCAGGAGAAUUUGUUAAUGUACACCAAACUGUUCCAAGGAUUUUUAAACAGAACCGUUAGGACUGACCUUGUUAACCCAAAAAACGCACUGAUGGCUUUCAGAGUGGCAAAAGUCUUUGCUCAGCCUAACCUAUCAGAAAUGAUCCAGAAAGGUGAGCAGCUGUUUCUGGAGCCGGAGCAUGUCCUUCAUCACAGGCAGCACCGCUUCCUGACGCCCAGCCUCGGCGGCAGCUUCCUGUCCUCACGGCAGCCCUUCAUCACAGACUCCGUCUUCAAGGUGAAGAGUCACGUCUACAGCCUGGAGGGCCAGGACUGCCAGUACAAGCAGAUGUUUGGAGCCGAAGUGCGCAACACGGUGUUGCGACUUUCCCAGUUAAUAGCACAAGCCAAACAAACAGCAAAAUCCAUAUCGGAUCAUUCUGCGGAAGCAGCUGCUAACCAGUCAUUCCUCUCGUGGUUUGGGUUCGAAUCUUCAGAUCUAAACACCUCCUAUGUGGGGAACGACAUAGAUUAUAUGGGACUGGACAGCAUAAAGAAGACAGAUGAAUACUUGGACAGAACACUGGACUACGUCUGUCAGAUAUUUAAGCUGAAUUCAGCUCAGCUGUCCCAGCUGAUGGUGAGUUUUGUGUCGACGAAGGACGAUGGUGGAUUGAAGCAGCUUCCUGACUGUAUACAGGAACCAAAUGGAUUAUUGCUAACAGAUCUGGGGAGGUUGCAGAUGAUCAACGGACUGCGCAAGUUUGACAUCAACUAUCAAGGAGACCCUGAAUUGCAGCCGAUAAGAAGUUACGAAAGUGCUGUGCUGGUUCGUCUCUUGUAUCGGCUGUCAUCUCUGAUAAACGAGCGGUUUGCAGGAGAGAUGCGUUCGCUUUGUUCAAGACGAGAUUUUAGCAGCCAGCUAGCCCGUUAUUAUUUGACUACGUCGUCCGUGGCAGAGACGUCAAAGCGAAGCCCCUUGACACGCCGCAGCCUAGAGAGACGACCCCAGCCACGGAUCAGCCUGAGAUACCUGGCCAGCUACCGCACCCUGCUCUCCAUCUUCAUGCUCUAUGUAAUAGCCUCCUUUUUCGGCUUUGGGCCUGUGUCAUUUAUCUUCUCGGGGCUGCUUGCAUGUUUUUGUCAUGGAGUUGUUAUGACAAUGUUUGCUGACAAGCAAAAAACUCAUUAA